AGCAGCCAGUGGGUGGGCUGGGCUGUGGUCCUGCUUUCAGCUUCUUACUUCGCAAACCACAUUAAUAACAUUAUUUAAACCUAGUACGCGGAUACGCAGACAUCCCAGAAUGAGUUAGAGUCUGCACUCCGUAUGUGCCAGUGCACUGAAACAUGGGUUGUUGCAGUGUCUAUGUCCUUCUGUUGCUCUUGCUGCAGGCCCUGCAGACAUCAGCUGAGGGCUCAGAUGGACAGUUGGUGUGUCUGUGCGAUAGCCCUACAUGCCCCCAAGUCACUCGCUGCCAGGGAACCCGGUGUUUCUCCUCUGUCAAAGUGGGCAGCAGCGGGGUGGUGUUUGAGCAUGGCUGCCUGAAUGGGCAAGAGAAAAUCCUUUUACAUUGCUCCACAGCUCCAUCCUUCCACCAGGCCAUUUACUGCUGUUCUGAGUACAUGUGCAACGGCAACAGCACCAGGAGCUUCCUGAUGUCUCUGCUUCCACCAGAAGAUGAGCCAGCAGGUGAGCCAGUACGGUAUCGUGUUGAGACCUUAGCUCUCUUUGUACUUGGCCCGGUGGUGGUUCUGGCUCUGCUGUCUGUAGUGUCAGUGCUGGCCUGCAGGAGGCUCCACCAUGGCCGUCUGCAGAGGCUGCAGGAAUUUGACACUGAGCAGGGAGCCAUAGACGGCCUCAUCUCCUCCAAUGUGGGAGACAGCACUUUAGCGGACCUGUUAGCCCACUCAUGUACGUCAGGCAGUGGUUCAGGUCUUCCCUUCCUUGUCCAGAGAACUGUGGCCAGGCAGAUCAGUCUAGUGGAGUGUGUAGGCAAAGGAAGGUAUGGCGAGGUGUGGCGGGGUCAAUGGCAGGGGGAGAACGUGGCUGUUAAAAUUUUCUCCUCAAGAGAUGAAAAGUCCUGGUUCAGAGAGACAGAGAUCUACAACACAGUGCUGCUAAGACAUGAAAAUAUACUGGGCUUCAUGGCGUCUGACAUGACCUCUCGAAACUCCAGCACCCAGCUGUGGCUCAUCACCCAUUACCAUGAAAACGGUUCACUUUAUGACUACUUGCAGCGAGUUGCUGUGGAAACGUCAGAGGGGCUGGCGAUGGCAGCAUCGAUAGCGUGCGGCCUCGUGCACCUGCACACAGAGAUCUUUGGCACAGAGGGGAAACCAGCAAUCGCACACCGGGACCUGAAGAGCAAAAACAUCCUGGUCACAAAGGAGCUGCGCUGCUGCAUCGCAGACCUGGGGCUGGCUGUGACCCACUUCCAGGCUGACAACCUGCUGGAUGUGGGCAACAAUCCAAAAGUUGGCACCAAGCGCUACAUGGCACCUGAGGUGCUGGAUGAGACCAUUCAAACAGAUUGCUUUGAUGCCUACAAGAGAGUGGACAUCUGGGCCUUUGGACUGGUGCUGUGGGAGAUAGCAAGACGCACAUACAGCAACGGUAUUGUUGAAGAGUACAAGCCUCCGUUCUAUGAUCAGGUGCCAAACGACCCGAGCUUUGAGGAUAUGAGGAAGGUGGUGUGUGUGGAGCAGCAGAGGCCUUUUAUUCCCAAUCGCUGGUUCUCUGAUCCUACUCUCUCUGCCCUGGUAAAACUGAUGAAGGAGUGUUGGUACCAGAACCCCUCAGCCAGGCUAACAGCACUGCGAAUUAAGAAGACCCUGGACAAGAUUCACAGCUCUCUGGAGAAGGGUAAGGAGUCGUGAAAGGGAGAGGAGCUUCAGCAGCAGCUGCCUGAUGUCAGGGAUCGGCUUAGAGAAGAGCCACGUUUGUUUAACGACAAAGGGCGAUAAGGGGGACAGACAACAGACCAGAGGAAAAGAGUUGUUCAAGUGUCAUCCAGCCUCAUCCUUCUCUUGCUCCCUCACUCUCUCUUCCUUUCUCUGUGGUUGGCCCCACCCCACCCCGCGGAUAUCCCUCUCUCCCUCUCUGACUCAAAGCCCACGCAGACAUUUGGGCUUGUUCUGUCUGAAAAAGCCAGCCUUUGCUAUGGGACACAAACCUAUUGUCAAUGUGUUCGCACUGACCUGAACUGUGGACUGUUACCAAGUGUGAAGAACAUGGAUGGCAUAUUGUAGUACCCCAAUGCUUUAACGCCCAUUUAAGACUGGUCUGGUUUCAGCCUUCUCACACACACACGAAACAGUACAUACUUUGAGUCUCUUAAAAUUCAGUUUCUGAUCCCGAGCUUUGGCACACGGUCGUGGAAUUUUGCUCAGAGACAAUCAGAAGUAUUUCACUCAAUUAGCUUUAUCAGAACAUGCCACAAACACACACACACAAAACACAAAAAUACUUAAACUUACAAAAGGAAAAGAGCCAAUACAAACAAAAUUGUUUUUAAACUUUUUAAAUAUAGUAUGAUAUUUAUAUAUUAAAUCUCCACUGCUACUACACUACUGAGGAUAUGUAAGACUAAUAUACGAUGGUGUGUGAAACGGACUGUAUACAUAUAUAGGCACUGACUCUACUGGACUUUCUGUACCCACGUUGUCAUUAUUGGAGCUAGUAGAAAAUGACAUGUUGAGAAAUGGUGGAAAAAGUUUGAAAAUGAUUCCCACUGAGCUUGUUUUGUUGUUUGGAAAAGGCAGGAUACACCACUACAGAUAUUACAUGUUUAUCCUGGUGGUUCCUGGAGUAGACAUACACUAUGUACCUGCCAAUAGGAAUUAGUCUGUAUCUUAUAAUAAGAAUAUGAAAUUAACUGAUCCUCUCAAACUUCAUAAACUCACUGUGGCUCAUCUAAAGUCUUCUGUGCAAGCAGAGAGGGAUCAAGGAAGACUUGUUUGUGGUAGAGGUGAUGUUUGUUGUUUUUUACUGGAGGUGAAGUCUUUUUCUGUAGCGAGCUGGGCCUCCAUUUACUCCUCUCGUCUCCCAUCAUGUCACACUGUGUACAAGUUGCCUGAGCAUUGAAAAUACAAAUUCAAAUACAAACUCAUUGGGAAACUGUUUAAUUCAAGAUUCAUUUUAAAAUGUAUACAGUUGCCUAGGUGUGCAGUUACAAAUGAAUAUGUUCACAAAUGCUGGGUUUUUUUGGGGGAAAAAAAUGUUGCUUUGUCUUUUUUAUAUGUAAUAAAACAUUUACUGCA